AAGGGUAAAGUGAGUGGGACCAGUGAGUACAGAGGACCAGAGGAACAGUGGGAAGAGAGGAAUAGUGGGAACAGAGGAUCAGUGGAACAGUGGGCACAGAGGACUAGAGAAACAGUGGGAACAGAGGACCAGUGGGUACAGAGGACCAGAGGACCAGUAGGUACAGAGGACAAGAGGGCACAGAGGACAAGAGGGCACAGAGGACCAGUUGGUGAGAGGACCGGUGACCACAGUGGACCUGAGGAACAGUGGGUGAGAGGACCAGUUGGUACAGAGGAUCAGUGGGAACAGAGGACCAGAGGAACAGUGAGAACAAAGGACCAGUGGGUACAGAGGACCAGAGGAACAGUGGGCCCAGAGGAACAGUGGGCCCAGAGGAACAGUGGGCCCAGAGGAACAGUGGGCCCAGAGGACCAGAGGAACAGUGGGUACAGAGGACCAGAGGAACAGUGGGAACAGAGGACCAGAGGACCAGAGGACCAGAGGACCAGUGGGUACAGAGGACCAGAGGACCAGAGGGUACAGAGGACCAGAGGAACAGUGGGAACAGAGGAACAGAGGGCCCAGAGGACCAGAAGAACAGUGGGAACAGAGGACCAGUGGGUACAGAGGACCAGAGGACCAGUGGGUACAGAGGACCAGAGGACCAGUGGUAACAGAGGACCAGAGGACCAGAGGACCAGAGGACCAAUGGGUACAGAGGACCAGAGGAACAGUAGGAACAGAGGACCAGAGGAACGGUGGGAACAGAGGACCAGUGGGUACAGAGGACCGGAGGGUACAGAGGACCAGAGGAACAGUGGGAACAGAGGACCAGAGGAACUGUAGGAACAGAGGACCAGAGGAACUGUAGGAACAGAGGACCAGUGGGUACAGAGGACCAGAGGAACGGUGGGAACAGAGGACCAGUGGGUACAGAGGACCGGAGGGUACAGAGGACCAGAGGAACAGUGGGAACAGAGGACCAGAGGAACUGUAGGAACAGAGGACCAGAGGAACAGUGGGAACAGAGGACCAGUGGGUACAGAGGACCAGAUGAACAGUUGGAACAGAGGACCAGAGGAACAGUGAGCACAGAGGACCAGUGGGUACAGAGGACCAGUGGGUACAGAGGACCAGUGGGUACAGAGGACCAGAGGAACAGUGGGAUCAGAGGACCA